CUCACUGAAUCAUGGCACUAUUGAAAGUGAUCAUGUUUCUUAUGUUUCUUAAUUUCAAGUGUGGAAAACAAUUUUGAUGUUAAAACAAUUUUGAUGUUACUGAACAAAUUUUACAAGUUCAUGAAUGACCAUGGUGUAUUAGCUGGAUUAGGAGUGUUUCUUCUCGAGUUUAAUGAUUGUUCGAAGCAGGGUCGGUCUCACUGAAUGAAUCAUGGCACUAUCGAAGGUGAUCGUGAUUCUUAGGUUAAUAGAUGGGAAUGAUAAUUUCAACUAAGUGUGGAAGACAAGCUUGAUGUUGCUGAACAAAUUUUAGAUUAGCUGGAUUAGGAGUGUUUACUCUCGAGUUCAAUGAUUGUUCAAAGAAGGUCGGUCUCAGUGAAUCAUGGCACUGUUGAAAGGGAUCAUGUUUCUUAAGUUAAUACCUGAGAAUAAUGAUUUCGAGAGUGUCGAAGACAAUCUUGAUGUCGCUGAACAAAUUUGAACUAGUUCGUGACCAUGGUGUAUUAAGUAGGUGUUUUGGGUGCAUUUGUUAUCUCCGUUUAUUGAAUGGCCUGCUGCUUUUGCUUAUGUGGAAUGCGUUUGUGAUGAUGGUGCUUGAAAUGGAAUCGGUAUUUGCAAGCCCGGCUUAUCGCAGAGAGGAUCUGGCUAGCUUGCUGAGAUCAGUUCAAGUACAAGAAAAGUAGAAAUUGAAUUUAUGAAUAUUCUAGAUCUAAAUAAAGGUGAAUAUUCGGAGGAGUGAAACAGCUUUGCAGAGAGAUCACUCUCGAGUUCAAUGAUUGAUCGAAGCAGGUCAGUCUCACUGAAUCAUGGCGCUAUUGAAAGUGAUCAUAUUUCUUAUGUUCUUACCUAGGAAAUAAUUUCAAGUGUGGAAAACAAUUUUGAUGUUGCUGAACAAAUUUUACAAGUUCAUGAAUGACCAUGGUGUAUUAGCUGGAUUAGGAGUGUUUCUUCUCGAGUUUAAUGAUUGUUCGAAGCAGGUCGAAAGUGAUCGUGAUUCUUAGGUUAAUACAUGGGAGUGAUAAUUUCAACUAAGUGUGGAAGACAAGCUUGAUGUUGCUGAACAAAUUUUAGCUAGUUUAUGACCAUAGUGUAUUAGCUGGAUUAGGAGUGUUUACUCACAAGUUUAAUGAUUGUUCAAACAAUGUCGGUCUCACUGAAUCAUGGCACUGUUGAAAGGGAUCACGUUUCUUAAGUUAAUACCUGGGAAUAAUAAUUUCGAGAGUGUGGAAGACAAUCUUGAUGUCGCUGAACAAAUUUGAACUAGUUCGUGACCAUGGUGUAUUAAGUAGGUGUUUUGGGUGCAUUUGUUAUCUCGGUUUAUUGAAUGGCCUGCUGCUUUUGCUUAUGUGUAAUGCAUUUGUGAUGAUGGUGCUUGAAAUGGAAUCGAUAUUUGCAAGCCCGGCUUGUUGCAGAGAGGAUCUGGCUAGCUUGCUGAGAUCAGUUCAAGUACAAGAAAUAGAGAAAUUGAAUUUAGCCAUUUCUGAUACAUGCUCUGUUUCAUUGAAUAUCAUGUGCUCCUUUUUCUCCCUGACUGCAACAAUUCAAGUGCUGAAGAAGGCCGGACGGCCCUCAGAACGCUUGGUAAGCCAUGAAAACUGCAGAUAUGCGGGGCACAAAUGCAUGCACAUCCAGCAAAUAACUGAGGAAUCUGGAACCGAGGAGGCUGAGGCCGAUUCUGAAUACGAUAAUGCCCUCAAGGAAGCUGUUAAAGGCAUGCAAGACGCGGUCAUUUCUAUAAACGAAUACUUGGAAGAAGUCAGGAAAGAUUGCAGCACUGGAAAAGGAAUACACUCUUUCUUUUGGUGGUGCAAGUGCAAGGGUGAUCCAAUCCAUAAACGAAUACUAAGGAUUAAUGACAUAUUGCUAUUUAAACCAUAUUAAUUUAUUUUACUGUUUUUUUUUUGAAGUAUGACAAAUGACACAUUGUUGCUAUUGUUGGCAGUUACAAAUACCCUAAAUCGAAGAUUUGUAGUUAUGUCUCACGGUUUGUAAUUCACACAUGAUUGCUAGUUUUUGUAGAUUUGCAGCCGGAAAUUUGUAGCUGAUUUUAGGACUUGUAACCCCCAUUUUAUAAACUGAUAUCCAUAGCUAAAUUAUCACAUAUUUAUAAUUAUUUUUUAUG